AUGCGUCUCGACCUCGUCGCAUUCUCCGCCGUUCUGGCUGGCUUUGUGUCCGCGCAAUCAAGCCCAUCGAUCCCCUCUUGUGAGUUAGAAGAUGCGCCGGCACCUGUCCUCGUCAUUCUGUCCGUCAGUUCGUCGUUCUGGGACAUUUUCACUGACCUGGGCGGUAUCUGCACCACCAAAUCCUUCAUCACCGGUAUCAGCUGCUGUAUCUUCAACAGUUGCGAUCCCAGCGAUCAACAGGCUGCGCUCGCCUAUGCGCAUUCCAUCUGCGACCCUGUAGGAGGCUCGACAUUACUGCCCGCCUCUGCUGGCUGUACUGCAAACUCCACCUCGACCGCAACCACUGGCAGCUCCGGUGGCGCUGCAAGUGCAAGUGCAACCGCUACCACUACCGCCACCAGCGGCGGCAGCUCCUCGGCAGCUUCGUCUUCAGGCUCCAUUGUCCUGGGCAACACCUCCUCCUCUAUUAGUGCCGCCGCAUCCUCCGCGUCCGCAGGUCAGAGUAGCGCCGCCUCCAGUGCUAGCACUACUGCCACGGCUUCAGCCGCAGGUAAUGCCGCAGAUGGAAGGAUGAGCGUACAAGGCGUGGGACUGGGUGUCGUGGGCGCCGCCUUCCUUGGACUCGCUGCGGUUCUAUAG